UUCCGGAGACAACAGACAUGUGCCAUUGACCUAUUUUGAAAGGGCUGUUAAAGCAUAGAAAUUUCCAGUCUCCAACAGGAAUGGCAACAUACUGGAAGUCACAACCAAAGAAAUAUUGCAAAUUUUGUAACUGUUGGAUAACAGAUAAUAAACCUAGUGUUGAUUUUCAUGAAAGAGGCAAAAAUCACCAGGAAAAUGUCAAAAGAAAGAUCAAUGAGGUUAAAAAGAAAAGUACAGAACAAGCGAAAGAGAAAGCAGAAAUGGAAGAUGACAUGAAACAGAUGGAAAAAGCAGCCAUGGAAGCUUUCAAGAAAGAUUUGAAGGAUAAUCCUGAACUUGCAGCAAAAUAUGGUGUAAAAAUUAGAACUGAAGCUGAAAAGCUAGCAGAUAAAGAAGCAAAACGGAAAGAAAGAGAGGCAAAAUUGAAAGCAGAGGAGGAAGAGAGAGAGGCAAAAUUGAAAGAAGAGGAAGCAUUGAUGACCAAACUAGCUACGUGUAAAUGGUUUGAAGCUAAAUCACCUGAAGACUACUCGUACUACUGGAAUGUAGAGACUAAUGAAACAAUUUGGGUAGCACCAGAGGAAUUUGUCAGUUUAAAAGAACAAAAAGCCCAGGAAGAGAAGGCAAAAGCAGAAGAAGAAAAACAAAAAGCUUCGGAAGAGCAAGAUCCAGAUGAAGAUGAAAGUGAUCCUGGAGUUACAGUGGGGCCACUUCCUAGAGUACCCCAGUCAGCUUAUGGUAGAUGGCAAACAGUUGCUCAUCAGGAGGAAGAGGAAGAGUUUGUAUCAGAAUUUCUAGGUCUUCCAACAGAAGCCCCUCCCCCAUCAAUACCAACAGAACCAGAGUCUAUUCCACUACCUUCGUCAGAACCUUUGCCAAUAGAACACAUUCCUUUACCACCACCACCACCAGAUGAAGUAGAACUUCCUCCACCACAGGAGGAAAAGAAAACACAAGAAAAACGAUCCAAAUUUAAGGAGAAAUGUGUGACAUCUCUUGGUAAAGACACUAAUGUGACAUUUAAAAAAAGAAAAAUAGCCUCUGGAGCAAGAAAUGUACGACAGAGAGAUGAUGACUGAUAGUAUUUGGAUUGUAUUAGGAUAGUUAUUUUGACAGAGAUACUAAUCUAUCAAAUAUCAGGAAAACACAUAAUGUAAUGAAUAAUGUCAAACAUGUAGCAUUGUUUAUGCUGUCAAAACAAAAGUGAAAUGGUAUAGUACCAUCUCAUCAUUGGACUCCAGGGAAAGGCAACUUAAAUUUGCUACUAGGGAGAAGUGUGAAAUAUGUUGUACACGUUUAAAACGUAUGCAGAUCUCUAAAAUUGUUUCUAUGGGUGAUUACUCUAUUUUCAAAGUGCUGUACCUGGGUUCCAUGUUUGUUUAUGUGUACUGUUUGUAUUUUUCUUUUGGCAUUUUUUGUGUGGAUUUAGUGUGUAAUCAAAACCACUCAUUUUAAUACACAAUGUGAAUGACAUAAUAUUUUCUAUUGCAUAUUUAAUGUGUAAAGUCUGAAAAUGAUAAUUUAGCAAUGCAUGUACUAAUAUUUUUCUUACAAACUAGGGAAAUUAAAUACUUUUUUUAAAGAAUAACAUCUUUUUCUAUAGCAGAUUUUGAUUGGAGCGCAUAAGCAAUUAUUGCUAUAAUAAUAUUACAGCUUUACGUAACAGUCCUAUUUGAAAUAACAUGCAAUAGACAAAAUAUUUAUUUUACAUUCAAAUUCUCAAAUGUUCAAGUGAUUGUUUUUACAUUGAAAUUAUAGGGGGAAAAGAGGUGUUGACAUUUCACAUAGAAAUAUAAACAAAAAGUAUAUGUAAUAUUUGUUCAAAUUUCUCAAUUUACAAGCUGAAGUGCAUCAUUGAAGAUUGAUCAAUUGAUUAAUAUUUUUUUGCUAAACUUCCAGUGGAAAAUCAUUUUGGAAGAGUAACACAAUCAAAAAUAGCUUUAAAUGAAAUUUUGGUGAGAAAGGGGAGAUAAUUUGUUUUUAAAUGGAAUAAAUUAAAAUAAGAUAUCUGGGGCUACAUAUAAGUGGUAUCCAUGGUUAUCAAUACCUAUGAUACCUCAUUUGCUAAAUUAGACCUUUUAGUAAUUGAUAACAAAUUUCACCAGUUUUCAUUUGAAGAUCUUUGAUAACUAGAAUUUUACUUCUUGUCAAAAUGAUUGUUGAGCCUGUUAAAAAUUGCAAAUAAACAAAACUCUUCAUCUUUGAACAACAAAAGGCAAAUAAUACAUCAUUUUUAAUGGAUCAAAACACUCUGACAGUAUAUAAAUAGGUAUUUAUCUUUAUUGUACUCCAUAUAUGACAUUCUUAGCAGUGAGCUUAAUAUUUGAUACCAUUGAGCCAGCAAAAGUAAGUCAAUAUUGAAUAAUGUUUAUAGAAAAAUUCCUUUAUAGUAUUCAACUAAUGAAUGAAUCAUUAAAACCAAAAAUUAAGGUAAAACCCCAUUUAUGAAAAGUUUUUAAAAAGGCUUAAAUGAGAACAACAACAGUUUAGGAAGUUUAAAUCUGCUAGGAAUGACAAAACAAUAGUUACAUGUAGUUAUUUCCCUUAGCCCUAAAAAGAUAACUAAGCUUCUCUAUGAGGAAUUUCAUAUUUAUGUGCUGCACAAUUUAAAAUGGAGAAAACAUCAAACAUGAAAAAAAAAUUUGAAAACAACAAACUUAAAUAAAGAAUGAUUUUCAGUCACAAAGUUGUUUUAAUUUACUUCCAAAUAAAACAUCUGAAGAUUUAAAUGAAUGAUGUUGUAGUUUAAGUUCCUCACAUUUUAUCUCUUAAGUAUUUCUGUAUUAACUAGGUUAUAGCUGAUACAUAUUUUACAAAUUGCCCUUUUUGUUUGAUUCUGUUAUUGACCAACAGUUGCUGGAAUGAUGUCUACUAGACCUAUUUUGUGUAUGUAUUUAACUUGGCAUUAUUAAUGCAUCAGAUAUCAAAUGCAUAUUUUCUUUGAUAAAUAAUCAUGUACAUGUACAUAGUCAAUAGACCUUUAUGAUUCAGAUAUCAGCAGCAAAAUAAUUAUCUAUUAAUAAAAAGAAAUAGAGAUAGUGUUUCAGUAAUAUAAGAAAUAAGAAUAACUAUAGAUAAUAGGUCUAAACAGUACUCUUUCAGUACAAUAGAACUGUUCAGACAAAUGAAUUGUGUGUCUCAUAUUUGAUGUGUGAUAUUUGAGAUUUGUGUAUAAAUAUAAAUGUGAGAUGUCAUAAUCUUUUUUUGUCAUUAAAUAGAUUAAACACUAUUGUAUUAAA